AUGGUGCUCGAUGCCGAGAAGCAAUCGAUCGUUUCUGUUGGACAGGUUGGUGAUCCAUCUUCAGGUGGGAUGAGUUCAGUAGAAGAACCUCUCAUAAAACAGAAGCAUACCUCAGAAAAUUACUCUGUUCUUUCAGCCAUUCCCCCGUUUAUCUUCCCAGCUCUUGGAACGUUUCUUUUUGGCUAUGAGAUUGGUGCAACGUCUUGUGCAAUCAUUUCUAUUAAGUCGCCUACCCUAAGCGGAAUUUCAUGGUACAACUUGUCUUCAGUGGAUGUUGGUAUCAUUACUAGUAGCUCACACUACGGUGCUUUAAUUGGAUCCGUUGUGGCAUUUAAUAUUGCUGAUAUUAUAGGAAGAAGAAAAGAGCUGGUUAUAGCUGCAUUCUUGUAUCUUAUUGGAGCCAUUGUGACUGCAAUAGCACCUGUCUUUCAUGUCCUGAUAAUUGGACGGGUUGUGUAUGGCAUCGGGCUUGGACUGACAAUGCAUGCGGCUCCAAUGUACAUUGCUGAGACUGCACCUAGUCAGAUACGUGGACGUAUGAUAUCACUAAAGGAAUUCUCCACCGUCUUUGGGAUGGUGGGAGGAUAUGGAAUCGGUAGCCUCUGGAUUACAGUUAUUUCUGGAUGGCGUUACAUGUAUGCAACAAUUAUUCCUAUACCAGUUAUUAUGGGAAUUGGGAUGUGUUGGCUACCAGCAUCCCCUAGGUGGCUUUUACUGCGCUCUCGUCAGGGAAAAGGGGAUGUGGAGAGCCUUAAACAGGCUGCAAUCAAGUCUCUUCGCCGCCUUAGAGGGUCUGUUGCAGUUGACUCAGCAGCUGAACAAAUAGACGAGAUUUUGGCUGAACUUUCCUCUGUGGGUGAAGACAAAGAAGCUACAAUUGGUGAGUUAUUUCAAGGCAAAUGCUUGAAAGCUCUCACUAUAGCAGGAGGUUUAGUCUUGUUCCAACAGAUAACUGGACAACCAAGUGUACUUUAUUAUGCACCAUCAAUACUACAGACUGCUGGCUUCUCUGCUGCAACUGAUGCAACUCGGAUCUCAAUUUUGAUUGGUCUAUUGAAGUUGGUUAUGACUGGAGUUGCUAUUGCAGUGAUUGACAAGCUUGGAAGGAGACCCUUACUUCUUGGUGGUGUUAGUGGCAUGGCGAUCUCAUUGUUUCUCCUAGGGUCAUACUACAUCUUUUAUAAUAAUUUACCAGCUGUUGCUGUUGCUGCAUUGCUACUCUAUGUGGGCUGCUAUCAGUUAUCCUUUGGCCCUAUUAGUUGGCUGAUGAUGUCAGAGAUAUUUCCCUUAAAACUAAGAGGCAGAGGAAUCAGCAUAGCAGUGCUUGUGAAUUUCGGCACAAACGCUCUUGUGACUUUCGCUUUCUCACCUCUGAAGGAGCUGUUAGGAGCUGGUGUAUUGUUCUGCGAAUUUGGAGUGAUAUGUGUACUGUCUCUCUUUUUCAUAUACUUCAUCGUGCCCGAGACAAAGGGUCUCACUCUUGAAGAAAUUGAAGCCAAAUGUCUAUAA